AGGUUUUUGUCGCGGAUAGCUGAUGUGUGUACGAGUUGCGAACUGCAUGCGUGUGUAUAUAACAUGCCGCUCCGUAAGUUGCUUGAUCAGCGCUCACCGGCACUGGCAUGCCGACUCCUGACCACAGCACUGUCUGAAAAGAGCCGAAACCACGACGUAACCGAGCCCAGCCCCCCUUGGGAAAAAGCAAAAUACUCAGGGCAGUAAAACGUCUUCUGCUGUCCCUCUCACCAACAGUCUUGCGCACGAGUCGGCGCCGUCCUUAGAUCCGCACAAGUACAGCUGUAACAACGUUCCACAUACAGCUCGGCAGUGCUGUCUGCUUGAGCCCAGACGCGAGGCGGUCUCGGGACGCGCUGUUCGUCAUUGCAUGUCUUCGUCUUCAGAUGAGGCUCAUUGAAAUCUUCAGGACAGAAAUCAGGUGAAAUUAGCAAAAGAGAGAGAGAGAAAGAUAGAGAGGUAGGAAAAAACCGGCAGAACGGGAAGGAAAUGAACUCCGAGAAGAACGGGAAAAACCUGGAGUAUCUGUCCAUGGAGGAAUCCCAGGAGGUGAUGGUGAAGGGGAAUGCGUACGAGAAGGGACGGGGCAAAAAACCGCCCAGCAAAAGCAGAGCCGGCUGGCUCCGGAGGCGAACCACGCUGGAGAAAUCCCUCAUCUUGCUCCUACUCAUCCUCAGCCUGGUCUGCGUCGUCUUACUCAUCGGCCUGAUCGUUACGGCAGCUUCUUCGGUGUCUACGAUGGAGUUGGGAGGGGCCUCCAAAUCUCCCCUGUCAACAGAGGGCGUCUGUACUUCGCCAGAGUGUGUUAUCACAGCUGGAAAUGUUUUAGACAGCAUGGAUCUGACAGCAGACCCAUGCCAAGAUUUUUACCAGUUUGCCUGCGGAGGAUGGAACCGAAAGCACUUCAUACCUGACGAGGAGGCCAAAUACACGGUCUUCGAAGAGGUAUUCAACCGCCUGAUGGAAAUGAGUCGCGGAAUGCUAGAGACGAGGUCUGCAAACGACUCGGAGGCCGUUGCCAAGGCGAAGGAAUUUUACGAGUCCUGUACAAACGUAGAGCUGAUAGACCAAAUUGGCGCCCAGCCCCUAAUGGACCUCAUAGAGGAAGUGGGCGGCUGGCCGGUUGUCGCCGGCGACUCGUGGGACGAGGAAGCCUGGGAUCUGGAGGAGGCCCUGGCCAAGUACCGAAUGGAAACCGACUACAACUUCCUCUUCCGUCAUGACUUCAUGCCGGACAUGAUCAACGCUGGAAACUACAUUAUCAUAAUAGACCAGCCUGAAUUAUCUCUGGAAGACAGGUCAUUCUAUCUGCGGGAGAAAACAGACUCGAAACUGGCGGCCUAUUUCGACUACAUGGUCGACAUCGCGACUGUUCUGCGGCCGGACUCAGACAGGGAGGAAGCCAGGAGGCAGAUGGCGGACGCUCUGGAGUUUGAACGCGCCCUUGCAAACUUUUCCGUUUCAUCCGCCGAGAUGAGGGACAUGUCCAAAUAUAAAAACAGGUACACCACGAGGAGACUGCAGCAGGAGAUGCCACAGAUAGACUGGCUGAGGUACUUUCGUUUGAUACACACGGACGAAUUUUCUCCGGACGAGGAAAUAAUAAACGCUGCCCAUUCCUAUUUUCAAAAGACGGCCGCUCACAUCAACGCGACUUCAAAGAGGACGAUGGCCAAUUUCCUCAUGUGGCGUAUUGUGUUCGAAAUGGUCGAGUACCUGGACAGUGAGCUCCGCAAUAUUCGUCAGCAGUUCAUGAGCGCCACCAUGGGGCAGAAGAGAGAGCAGAGUCGCUGGAAGACCUGCUUCGAGAAAACCAACAACAACUUCGGCGUGGCCCUGGGGUCGCUCUUCAUCCAGAAGCACUUUGACGGCAACAGCAAGGCUACAGCCCAGGAAAUGCUGGAAGAUAUUCGCGAGACCCUCAAAGAGACUCUCAACGAGGUACCGUGGAUGGACGAUCAAACCAGGGCUAAUGCUAUAAGAAAGGCAUCUAAAACGAAAGAGAUGAUAGGCUACGAUGACAUCCUGACAGACGAGCAAGCAGUUAACGAUGUCUACAGAUCGAUAGAUAUGUCUCCCAACCGUUUCUUCGAGAACAUUCGGGCCAUAUGGCAGACAGACGCGAGGGAAAGCAUAGCCCAUCACGGCAAGCAAGUUGAAGUUCUUCUGUGGAAGCAAAAAUUAAUCAAAAUUAAUGCGUACUAUCGCAACGCAGACAACAGUUUAAUUUUCCCAGCAGGCAUAUUCCAACCACCGUUCUACUCCAGUCAGUUUCCCAAGUCCAUGAACUAUGGAGGCAUUGGCAUGGUUAUAGGCCACGAACUGAUGCAUGGAUUUGACGACAAAGGGCGCCGUUUUGAUGAAGACGGUAUCAUGAAUCAGUGGUUUUCGAAUUCUUCGGCCCAGGCUUACGAGGAAAGGAAACAGUGCUUCAUAGCUCAGUACUCAAGUUAUUACGUCCCCGAAGUCGAACUUUACCUUAAUGGAAAGCAAGCACAAGGGGAGGUACUGGCUGACAAUGGAGGCAUCAAAGAAGCCUAUCUCGGUUACAAGCGGUGGGUUAAGCGAGUGGGGGAUCCAGGGGACACGCUGCCCGGAAUCAACCUGAAUCAUGACCAGCUUUUCUUCUUGAACUUUGCACAGAUGUGGUGCAGCCUCCAUCGAAAAGAGAGCCUGGAAGUUAUAGUAAAAGCCAAAGUGCACGUCCCUGAAAGAUUUAGGGUCCUUGGCACUCUAUCCAACUCAGAACACUUCGCGGAAGCUUAUCAAUGCAAGAAAGGCAGCGCCAUGGUACGGGAUGAGCCUUGUAAACUGUGGUGAGCAUUCCCACUGGAAAACCAACGGCUCCAAAGUCCCUCUCUCGCCAUCUAUCAAAACCCGGCGAUGCAUAGUGACACAACCGCAACCCGCUAAAAAGGCUGCGGUUGCAUGUUUUGCCACUUGUAUGCUGUUGACAUGUUCAGAGAAAAAAGAAUGACAUUUGAAAUUAUGACCUAUCCCCCUGGGUCACUAUUAUGCCCAUUUUCUGGGUGGCUAAUCUCGCGUGUAUCACAUAUUAUUCGUUUGGUAUGUACAAACUUUUCAGGAGGGAUAUAUUUGGAGAUAUCAAUUAUGACACACGAUGGCGCAGUUUUGCUGUUGCCCAAUUUGUCUUGACCGAAACUCAAAAGACCUCUAAUUUCAAAGUCUCACGCCGAAUAGUGCCCCCACAGAUUCCUGGUGCCCCCCAUUGUGCCCCCACUAAAAAAAAAAAGAUGAAUGGAUAUUGAACAAAGCUAACAAAAAGUUUGCCCCCAAUAUACCAUGCCACUGGAAUCUAGUGCCCCCGUAAGAUGCUGGUGCUCCCCUUGUGUCCCCACUAGUAAAAUCCUAGCUACGCCACUGGCACUAACUAAUAAUAAGAAUUAUCUCCAGUUAAUUAUGGUAAAUAUUUUUUUCUAGAUAUAUAGAUCUUUUGAUUCGCAAAGAUGGCCUCCUUAACUACCUUUCGCAAUAGGAAAAAAAGGAAACGUAGCAAAAGAAGGGUCAAUAUUAUAGCAUAUUUUAUUGUUGGUGUACAUGUGUGUUGAAUAUUUAACGAAGUAUCAAUUGCUUUUUGCAGAGAUGUGUAAGUGUUUUGUAGAUUGUGCUAGAUAUUUCUUACUAUUUGAUGUUUACAACUGUUUGCAUUACAGUAUUAGAGACUUAAUUAGAAAAAAUAGUUUUGAAUUGCAGAGUGGGGUUGCAACUGUCGUUUUGUAAAGACAGCCACGGCACCACCACUGACCCCCCCUAAAAAGAAAAAAAAACCGAUUCUUUUCUUUUUCGUUGUCGUUGGAAGACAUGAUAACCUCAUUACCUUUCUGGUGAACCGCCUGCUCAAAGUGGUCCUUUGCCAGGGGCUUGAUUUCAUGAUCCUUAAGAAAAACAUGUUAUUAAAAGACGUUAUUAAUGCAAUAACCAGCAGUGAAUUUAAGGUGGAAUAUGCUCGGCAAAGUUGUUGUACUGACUGCUUUUUCUUUUAACGUUCUAGAAGAAAAUACUCAAUUUGACUCAUCGCCUCCGAACAACAAGAUCUGAGAAAUACGGAACUAAUUUAUUGUGGAAACGAUCAAAAUGUUGUUGUGAACCGUCGGUGGUCUCAAGAUUUACUAUCCUACCCUUAGCAAUCGCUCAUGUUUACAAUGGGCUCGUUGCCCCUUUGGCUUGCCUUAGACAAUCGCCUGUCCCUGCACACGCGUCUCAUAAGGUCCUCAUGAUUUUUUAGCAAGCUGCGCACCGCCCUCAAGAGUUCUUGGAAGGGGCUAGGCUACAACUUUUCAAAAGACUACUUUAUAUUGGAACAAUUUAUGAUUAAUCUUAAAUGAAAAGAUGUGAACAUACACAUUGAGCCGAAAAGUGUUUUAAUUUUUGAACAAUAUUUUGAUGUAAUUAGAAUAGGUGUGGCGAGUGUCAAACAGCAAAUGAUCGAAUUCUCAGAACUGGUAUACCUUGAAGUUUAAUCUCCACUCUAUAUUUAGCAUGGUGUAAACAAGAGUCUUAUCGCGAAAUGUAUUGCCACUUAUAUUUUACGUUAAUCAGCCGAGUGAUCAAAUUCAUUUGGAGUGUACAUUAGCCUCGACGCGCGCUGUAUUUGGAAUUUGCUAAUUCGAUGAAUGUUUGGUGUUUGUUAAUCAACUCUUGUGUUCUGUAAUUACUGACCCCUGUUGAGUUUCCACAAAGGAAUUUUUUUUUGAAAAUAGAAACAACGUGUCUUCAGCUUGACAGCCAUAGUUAGUUUUAUACUUUUCUCUUUUAUGUCCAAGUUAAUUGAAAUUAUUGGACACAACUUUGACAUUGAAACAUUUUUGUAGCUAUAAUAUACAGCGUGAUUAUGCAUGGAAAAUAUACAAAGUAGAAACCUUGUGGCACAGAUUUGUGAAUGAAAAUAAACAGUCCUGUUUACUUGGAACAAA